AUGAACGAAUUCAAAGAUAGAGACACUCGAUUAGAAGAUUCCAACAACAUUGAUAACGAGAAGGCAGACACUUACCACUUGCAAUCAACAUACAAGAAUGAGCCAUCGCAAACCAAGAAACUCAUCAAUCCCCUUCACGGCUUGAGUAAAGCAGAAGUCUUGGCCAAUGUCGAGGAAUUCUGCCGAGACAAAGGAUUGGAGGAUAAGACCGACGUUUUUAAGCGUGGUGCCUUGAUAGCUCAGCGACCCACCGAAUAUGAAGAGAUACAAGAACUGACAGAGGAAGAUCUUCAUUGGCUUCGGAAAUCCACCGCCAGCAAGUGGUCUCAACCAAAGAUGUUGUACUUUACUGUGAUCGUAUGUGCAAUCGGUGCGGCCACGCAAGGAUGGGAUCAGACAGGAUCGAAUGGUGCAAACUUGUCCUUCCCCACUGAAUUCGGGAUCGCCACUCCAGUCGACCAACCCGGAGGAGCCGCUGAUGAAUGGAAGGUUGGCUUUGUGAACGCUGCUCCCUACAUUUCUUCUGCUUUGCUUGGAGCUUGGUUAUCUGACCCUUUGAACCAUUUUUUGGGUAGACGAGGAGAAGUUUUUGUUACAUCCCUUAUCCUGAUUAUAACCCCUAUCGCUUCUGGAUUUACUCAUUCAUGGCAAGCUUUAGCAGUGGUUCGUCUCAUUCUGGGCAUCGGUAUGGGCGCUAAGGCCGCCACUGUUCCGAUGUAUGCGGCUGAACUCUCUCCAGCCAACAUUAGAGGUGCUCUCGUCAUGGGUUGGCAACUUUGGACUGCAUUUGGAAUCUUUUUGGGCUUUGCCGCCAAUGCGGUUGUCAAAGACGUUGGCGCAAUUGCUUGGCGUCUCCAGCUCGGUUCAGCGUUCAUUCCUGCCUUACCCUUGGCCCUUCUGAUCUUCUUCUGCCCCGAAUCGCCCCGAUGGUUGAUGAAGAAAGGCCGGUACCCUAAAGCUUUCGCAGCCAUGUGCCGAUUAAGAUAUACCGAGACAUUGGCGGCUCGAGAUAUGUAUUACGCUUACGUUCAGCUUAUGGAGGAGAACAAGAUUGUGCAAGGAAAAACUUACAUCUCCCGGUUCACCGAGCUGUUCACGAUUCCUCGAGUUCGAAGGGGUACCUUGGCAGCGAGUACUGUCAUGUUGGCUCAACAAAUGUGCGGAAUCAACAUCAUUGCGUUCUAUUCCAGUACCAUUUUUGUCGAGUCGGGCUAUACCAAUUCUCAAGCAUUAUUCGCUUCUCUCGGAUUUGGCGCUGUGAACUUUGUUUUCGCUUUCCCCGCAAUCUUCACGAUCGACACCUUUGGUCGACGUUCUUUGCUCCUGGCAACAUUCCCAAACAUGGCGUGGACUCUGCUCGCCGCUGGUAUGAUGUUCUUCAUUCCCGAUACUGAAUCAAAUACGACCAUGCGUACCGGGUUGAUCGCUUUCUUUAUCUACCUUUUCGCUGCCUUCUACAGUGUCGGUGAAGGACCCGUCCCUUUCAUGUAUUCUGCCGAGGUGUUCCCCCUACCUCAACGUGAACAAGGUAUGGCUUGGUCGGUCUCGGUUUGUCUUGGUUUCUCUUCCAUUCUUAGUUUGACUUUCCCUAGAAUGCUUCGAGCCUUGACACCUCCGGGAGCUUUCGGAGCUUAUGCCGCCUUCAAUGUCAUCGCACUGGUACUCAUCUUCUUCUUUGUGCCAGAAACGAAGCAAUUGACUCUUGAAGAGCUUGAUACCGUCUUCUCAGUACCUACUGCCACAUUUACCAAAUACCAGACUGGCACCGUUCUUCCGCACUGGUUCCGACGAUGGUUCUUGUUCAGAAAAGGAGAGAAGCUUGCGCCUUUGGUCAUAGCCGAUGAUUACCAAACUACCGCGUGA